CCGCCCUCGCUGGGCUGUGUGGAAAGACUUUAGAACGGGAAGCCUCGUCGGUAGAUGUGAUGGCUCAGAAAAGAAUUCAGAAGGAGUUACAUGAUUUGCAGCGAGACCCUCCUUCACAAUGCUCGGCAGGACCGAUGGGAGAAGAUUUGUUUCACUGGCAGGCGACGAUAAUGGGACCAGGUGACAGUCCGUAUCAGGGUGGCGUUUUCUUCCUCACGAUUCACUUCCCGACAGACUACCCCUUUAAACCACCAAAGGUUGCCUUCACCACCAAAAUCUACCAUCCCAACAUCAACAGUAACGGCAGCAUCUGCCUGGACAUCCUGCGCUCUCAGUGGAGUCCUGCGCUCACCGUUUCUAAAGUGCUGUUAUCGAUAUGCUCGCUGCUGUGUGACCCAAACCCGGACGAUCCUUUGGUGCCGGACAUCGCGCACGUCUACAAAUCGGACAAAGAUAAAUACAACAGAAUGGCCCGUGAGUGGACUCAGAAAUACGCCAUGUGACCUCCUCUGAUCGUCCCGGCAGGACUUUUGCACGUAGGCGUUUGAAGUGGGCGUACCGUUACCCCCCUGACGCCGGCGGAACCGUUUUCGAAGGAACCAGAAUCUGCGAUACGCAGUGAAGCUUUUCUUUCCGUUCUUGUUUACACAGACCUGACGGAGCGCAGGACUCGUCGUCGCCCGGUUACCGCCCAAGUCUCCGAGUCGCCACAUCAGAAAUAAUUAUUAAAACGUUUGUUUUUUUGGGGUUUUUUUUAAUCAUGGCACACUUUACUUUUAAAUGUUUGAUUAAAUUGUAUUAAAACCUUUUCUUUUUUUCGUUUGCAUUAAAAUUGUGAAAACUGAA